AUCAUUACAAAUCUGUUAUCAGAUAGGUACACAGCGGUCUGACAAAUAUUUACACAACGCGUUUCCGUUCCGAGUUUAGAGGUACGUUGGUGCAAAAGCAGUGCAGGUGAAAAUUUGACAUGCUGGCACUUGAGUUCUGAAGUUAUAUUGUUUAUUUUUUGUCGUGUGCAACAUUUCGCAGCAAGUUCAGAAAGUGGGGGGCACUUUUCGUGUCCUGUAACUGCACAAAGUGGAAGGAGACUUGUUGCUGGACUUCUCACUGUGCUCCCUGCUGCUGAGUGAUCAGCCAUUGUGGACGUCGGAAAGGGGCAAGGUCUAGUUUAUUUGCCCGCCGGCUACAGUGUUUAUAGCCGUAUGCAUGAAAGGAACUGCUGUAUGAACACUUGGAUGAGCCAUGAGGCUGCUGGCCCGGGACAAAUCUGACUGCCUGCAACCGGGAAUGGAUUCCUAUCAUCUUAUUUCAUGUUUUUCCGAGGGUUUGUAAACGCACCUCUGCGUAACAUUUGUAGCAUUCUUUUUCUUUUUCUUUUUGAUGCGCGAACUCCAAAAAUGAGCAGAUAGCUCACUUGUUGCGGUGCGUUGUGAUUAAAUGUAGGUUGGAGGAGAAUAAGAGAAUACGUCCUACACCACUUUGUUCUUUAUUCCUUCCUGUCCGAGGAAGUUGUUUGGCUGUUUUUUUUGUUUUGUUUUUGUCACCGCAUCUUCAUCACUUCAACAACCACAGACAGCACAUCACGACAAAGAUGGCAUCCGAGCAACCCUGGACUCAGAUCACGAUCACAUUAUCGGCCUUAUUCUUCCUGAUCCCGUGCAGCACAGCGGCAGACGUGCCGGAGGAAGAAGGCUUCAGUGCUGAGGCGUGGCUUCGUAAGUUCGGCUACCUGUCUCAGGCGAGCAGUCAGAUGUCCACCAUGCAGUCGGCUCAGAUUCUGUCCAAAGCCAUCAGCGACAUGCAGCACUUCUAUGGCCUGGAGGUGACUGGAGAGAUGGACCCUGCUACUUUUGUUGCCAUGCGUCAGCCUCGCUGUGGCCUCCCAGACAGAAAAGCGGAGGAGCUGGACAAUGGCGCUAGAAAGAAACGCUACGCUCUCACUGGACAGCAGUGGCGCAAAGACCACAUCACUUACAGUAUAAUGAACCAGCACAUCCCCUCCUCGCUGGGUGAGGAGCGGACGUACAAUGCUAUCCGCAAAGCCUUUGACGCGUGGAGACGGGUCACGCCGCUCACCUUUGAAGAGUUACCUGCUGAAAACAACAUCAGCAUCAACAGCAGCCAGGCAGAGCUCGCUGACAUCCUGUUGUUGUUUGCCUCUGGUUUCCAUGGUGAUAUGUCAUUGUUUGACGGCGAGGGAGGGUCGCUAGCACACGCCUACUACCCCGGACCAGGAAUAGGUGGGGAUACACACUUCGAUGCUGAUGAGCCUUGGACGCUGGACAACCAAAACCCAAACGGUAUAGACCUCUUCCUGGUUGCGGUCCAUGAGCUCGGUCAUGCUUUGGGCCUGGAGCACUCAGAUAACCCCAACGCCAUAAUGGCUCCUUUCUACCAGUGGAUCCAUACGCACAACUUCACGCUACACGAGGAUGACAUCAAAGGAAUACAGUACAUAUACGGUCCCCCUCUCCUUAGUGAUCCUCCACCCACUUCUCCUCCCGUCCGUGACGACAAACCCGACGAUGACCCCACUUCCCCUUCUCCACCCGAAGAUGAACCCGCCUCCACUUCUCCCACCGACACCCCGCCCAAAUUGCCCAACCCGACCGACGGCAGCCCGCAUCCCCCAGCCCAGCCGGAGCCGAGUCCCAGCCCUACCUCGUCUCCUGUCCUCCCCACCGACUCCCAGCCCGAGCCGGAACCUGUCACCCCGCACGUCAGAAAAGAUGCCCCCCCUCCAUCGCCUCCUCCUCGGCGCCCUGCCCCUCCUCGGCCUCCCAAGCUGCCGGAUAACCAGGCCCCCAAUAUCUGUGACGGCGACUUUGACACGGUGACCAUGCUGAGGGGGGAGAUGUUUGUUUUCAAGGGUCGCUGGUUCUGGCGUGUGCGGAGGAACCGGGUCUUGGAUAACUACCCCAUGCCGAUAUCUGUCUUCUGGAUCGGCCUGCCUAGCGACAUCGACGCAGCCUACGAGCGCCAUGAUGGCAAAUUUGUCUUCUUUAAAGAUGAUAGAUACUGGGUGUUCAGGGAGGCUGACGUGCUGCCGGGAUAUCCACAGCCCCUACAUGGGUAUGGACAAGGAGUUCCUGCGUACAAGAUUGACACAGCAAUCUGGUGGGAGCCCAAUGGAUACACAUACUUCUUCAGUGGAGACAGAUACUGGCGAUACAAUGAGGAGACCCGGACUACAGACCGCGACUUCCCGAAGCCAAUCAACAGAUGGGGCAGGAUCCCUCCCUCACCCAAAGGAGCCUUCCUCAGCGAUGACGGCGCUUACACCUAUUUCUACAAAGGCACCAAUUACUGGAGGUUUGACAAUCGCAAGACAGAAGCAGAGAAAGGCUACCCUCGCUCCAUCCUGAAGGAUUUCAUGGGCUGUGUGGGAGCCGCUGACCCUAAGCCCGACACAGACACUGAGCAGGAACCGAAAGACAAACCAGUCAACCCCUCAGACCGAGACAAAGAUGAGCACAAAGAGCCGGACAGGGGCCGGGACCAAGACACAGACACAGACCCAGAGGAAGCCCAAACCUCUCAGCCUGACAGCACAGAGGAGGAGGGGGACAGAGAGGUGGACGUGGUCGUGACGGUGGCCGACAACGAAUCAAAGGUUAUGACCCUGAUCAUGGUGAUUGUUCCCCUGGUCCUCAUCCUGUGCAUCCUCGUCCUAAUCUACGCCAUCCUCAGGACUCUGCAGAACAAAGAGACGCCGAGGGCCUUGGUGCACUGCAAACGUUCAUUGCAGGACUGGGUGUGAGGCACAGAAUUAGAAGAGAUAGAGCAGGUAUUCAUCAAUUUCGUUUGCGUCAAAAUGUGUACUUUCGGCGCAGAAGUUUUGACGCGCUACUAAAGAAAGCCGAGGACGAGUCCCCGUUUUGUGCCCCGUUCAUUGUGAGAACUUUUAUUGCUCAUGUGAAAUAAUGCAAACUGUGGAGCUACAGUGUACGUUUCCCUCUACUGGCCUUGAAGUUUUCUUCCUGUGUCUUUCAAAUGUCUGAAAAGGUAUCUUUAUUUCUUUGAAAAAACACACAUAACACACUAGGAAUGUCUGUUUCUAUUCAUUCUAAUUGUACAGAGGAGAGACCGAUGAUUUAUUUGUAGUAUAAAUGCAGACAAAGUCGAUAAUGCACAUACAUUAUACAGAAGCACACAUACUGUACAUACACACAAACAAACAUGAGUGCUAAUAGCGAUACAAAAACAUACAUUAAUAUGAACAAGUCUUCCAUAUGCUUGACUACGGUGCCUUAUCCAAUCUUGACAUUUUUCUUUGUUUAGAACAGAUGUUUUGCACUUUUGAUUCUGUUUAUUGUUGUCCUUGUUUUGCUGAGGUUGCUUCACUGUGUGCAUGUGUGUGUGUGUGUGUGUGUGUGUGUGUGUGUGUGUGUGUGUGUGUGUGUGUGUGUGUGUGUGUGUGUGUGUGUGUUCAUGCUUAUUAAACACACAGACACAAGCAGAAAAAUCUUGUCCUCCGGCCAGCACAGGAAUGUCAGACAGCUGUGCGUCCAUGACUCCCACUGAGCCCAUUAUGUCUGCCCUCUCUCUCUCCAAAGAAUGUGUGCAUACAUGUCCACACACACACACACACACACACACACACCAAGACAUAGAGACCACUUACCCAAACAAAGGCACAUAGAGUUUUGCACACAGACACAAGGGCUCCAGCCUCCCCUCCUCCCACCGCAGCCACGAUAACUGUUCCGACUACACCACUAAAAAACACAAUCCCAGUGGAGACAUAUUGAUAUAUGCCUGGUAUCAGGGCUUGGAUGAAAUAAAAAGGAUUUAUUCAGACUUAAUGAGAAGAAUUGAAAAGUGUUUUGGUAUUUUUACUAAUUCUGUCCAUCUCAGAUGGACCUGUGAAGAGGAAACCCAUAGCAGCAGUAUCCAUCUUUGUGUAUCUCCUCUUCUUUUUUUAAUGCUAAAGCUAAAUAGAUUUAAAGCUAAGGGAGAAGCCUGCAGGCUUGAGAGGAAUGGGUCAGCGUCUGGUUUGCAUUAAGGCCACAUGCUGCUGAUUUAGUAGUGUCAGGCAUGAGGAGGGGGGGUGAGAGGGGAGUUGGGGAAAAUGCAAAAAGAAGGAGGUAUAAAAAGUAGUGGGGAGGUAAGGAGAAAUGAGAGAAUAAAAUGACAAGGGAAAGAAAGAAACCGGGGGAGGCACAGAUUGAGGAGGGGGGAGAGGGAGGGUUGCCAGAAUUUCCUUUCCAGUUCUCCCUGGAAAAGGAGGAGCGAGGGAAAGAGCGAGGAUUUGGGGGGAGGGGCAGCGCUGGCGUUGCCCCUCCUGACCUAGAUCGGGACACUAAGUCCACUCCUCCUUCUCAAGUCUUGUUGUUUUUGCCGUGCUUGUUGUAAUGAGCUAGAGAUGACUUCCUCUGCGACCCCCCUCCUUUCUUCCUCAUCUAUCUUUCUCUCCUUUUGUUUUCCAUUGUCUUUUUUGCUCUGCCUUUACUCCCUGAUGUAUUCAUUUUCUUCUCCACUCUACUGGAAAGUUAGCUCAAAAA